AUGAUGCGCCCUCAUUGUGAUAAGCAAUCUAAUGUGGGAAUCAAAAUGAGUAAAUUACUGGAACCAGAAACAUCUCCCGACAUUCGGACAAUUGUGCACGAUGUUCAACAAGUGGAAAUUCACUUCUGCAAAAUGGACGACGAAGCAUUCUAUAACGCGUUUCGCGCCGAAGCAACUGGACCGCCCAGUGGAAUCAGUGCGAAAACAUUCGAGGAUAUUAUUCGAAAAGAUAAGGCGAAAGCCGAUUUUAUCAAGAAAUGGACCAAUAUUUUUAACGAGGAGUCCAGCGCAUCUCCUCCGGUAAUUAUGCGAGACAAACCGCAAAAGCCUGACUCUUCCGACGACGAUACUCGCAUGCAUGUGCUAUACAGUGAUCUACCACGGGAUUGGCAUCGCAAAGUGAAAUCCUAUGUGCAAAAGCACUGGGACUGUCACGGCUGUUUCGCCUCCAUCUAUCCUAUACUGUUGGAAUUGGAACGCGGGAUUGGUCCCGGUUGGCGGUUGGACCGAAUCCCCAAUGGCAAUGCAGUACGAAUAGAGGCUUGCCCGAACAGUACCUUGAACUUCCACUUCGACGAGGAACCAUACAUUUAUUCAAUCUGGCGGGAAAAAGUUCGAGUAUACUAA